AUGAAGCUCUCAGGGGGGAGGAGCCGACGCCGAGGGUGUUUAUUGUGGAUCGCGGCUAAUGGGAGCAGCCAUUCCGCCACCGCUGUCUGGGCCGCCGCCCUCAUCGACGUUGCGCAGGCCACCCGCCCCGUCUGCACCUCUGCCACCAGGCCUUCCUCAGCGCGAAGCCUCUCUCAACCUCAGACCGCCAGGGCCUCCGCGCCCCCACCAUUGCUGCUUUGCGCCGUCAAUACUUCAACACCUCAAGUCAUACCACUUGGACAUUCAGUUUUUGUGCAAUCUCGGGUGUUCCCGGUUAGCACGCGCAAAGAAGCAUUUAUUCGUGCGAAGUACGGCUCUACCCAAUUUGUGCGCUGCAACCAAUUUCACCUGUGUUGUCUGUGUAAUACCUACGGACAUUGGGUUUCCCAUAAAUGUUGCCAGCAUAUCGCGCAAAGACAAACUCGACGAUUCCUUCUUCGUGCCCUGUCGGUGCCACGUACCCAGCGGCGUCACCAGUUUGCCUGCCCGCGCGACCGGCGCUGGGGCCUCUGUCCGCUGUCCGUCCCACCCCGCGUCCUGACAAAGGUACCAACAAAUGGUUUUAAUUUUGUUGCAGGUAUUCCAAAUGUUGACUAUAUUACGAAUAAUUACAGCGCGAUUGCGUUUAAGUGCUUGGACUACCAGAAGCUCGCUUUGCCCGUGUAAGAGAACUCAGCGGGCAUCAAUAUCAGGAUGACUACAAAGUCUUUAUUGACGACACUGCUAUUGACUUACCUGCAACAAAAUUGGAACGCCCUCUGUUUAGUUGGGAUUUUGUGCCAUCUACUGCAGAACCUGAUGCUGCUUCUACUGCAACACUUGAAUUGGGAGAACAACAUGAAGACAAGGAACAAUUUGACAAAAAUAGCCGAAGUAAUGGACGGGGCAGAUGGAGAAAAAAUAGAAACAAAAAUGAUCUGUACACAUCCGACAAGAAUAAAUCAGACAAACAACUUCAAGAACAUGCCCAGGAAUUUAAUGUUUCGAAUGUUAACAACAGAGUUAGAGACUCAUCUCGAGGUCCAAAGGAACGUAAACGAAAAAAUAAGAAUCGUAAAAAUAAACAGAGUCGAAGAAGAUCCAAGCAAGAUAAGAAUGCAUCUGGCAAGAAUAAAAAACGUAAGUCAGAAAGGAAGAUGAGACGUGGACGCAAACAAAAGGAACAUAAUCUUCGUAAGAAUGAUUUACCUGAGAUUAUACAUUCUGAAAAACACCAAAUUCAUACUACUGAAGAAAUGCCUGUUGAAUCAAGGACUGGAAUGACCGUCAAUCUUGUGAAAAAGGCUGAUGAUCUUUUCUCACAAGUUCAUCAGAGUGUACCAAUGUUGUCUAUAUCUCAGAAUGCAAAUGAAACUAAUUCUAUUUUUGAAGUGGAUGAAAAUUUGCAAGAAACAGCUGAUGCUAAGAAUUCAGAUGUUUCUGGGGACAAUGUACUUCUCCCAAUUUUGCACACUGAUGUAAUCAGUAGAGAAAGUAACAAAAUUAAUAUCCAGAAAAAUGUGAGUGGCACGUCUUCUCAACAAAAAAUGAACACCUCUGUGGAUGUAAGAGAAACUGAAUCUGCUACAGUGGAACUUGAUAUUAACCGGUCAUCUGACUCUAACAUUAAAUUUUUUGAUGAACAUAACUCUACCAGACAACAAGAUCCUCUUGAUUCAAAUCCAAGAUCAGAACUUGACACAGCAAAUGGAUCAUUUCAGGAUCACGAAACAAGGGAGUAUGAUGCUCUGAAUGAGAUUGUUGGUGACAUAUCAUGUCUUGCUGGAACAUUCCUACCUGCUCCUCCUUCAUCUCAUGCUGCAAUAAGAUAUGUAAGAACUCAGACUGCAACUACAGCAAACUUGGUAGCAGAGUAUGAAUGUGAACCGAAGCAUCAUUUGGAAAAUCAUAAAAUUUUUCAAGUUAUAUGUAGUGAACGCAAAUGGAUGGGAACUGUUCCUUCUUGCGUACCUGAUGUACCAGUAGUUGAGAACAGAUCAGCAUGUCAUGAAGGAAAAGGAGGCUGUGAUCAUCUUUGUGAAAUUAUUGGAAACAGUACUGUUUGCUCAUGCUAUAAAGGAUUUCGUCUAGAAAAUGGUAUUUGCAGAGAUGUAAACGAAUGUGAAAUGGAAAAUGGAGGAUGUGACAGUGGUUGCAGAAACACUCCUGGUUCUCAUCACUGCACAUGCCCACCUGGUUUACGUCUUGCAGAUAAUCGUAUGACAUGUAUUGAUAUAAACGAGUGCUUACUGCGUAAUGGCCAUGGUCCUUGCCAAGACUCGUGUCAUAAUAAAUGGGGUGGUUAUGAGUGUUCUUGUAAAGGGAUAACAGGUACCCGACUUGCUGCUGAUAACCACACCUGUCAGGACAUAGAUGAAUGUGCUGACGGAACUGCAGGAUGCUCACACACUUGCCUCAACACUUUUGGGAGUGCAUUUUGUCUGUGCCCUUCAGGCUUCAUGCUUGGCGAUGACUGGAAAACAUGUCAAGACAUUGAUGAAUGUUCCUAUGAUGAACUUCAGUCAGAGCAGUGUGAAUUUGGUUGUGUCAACACAGUUGGCUCAUAUCAUUGUCUUGGACCUCAGAAUGAUGACACUUUACUCUCACCAACCACAGAAAUCUUAGUUGCUUGUCCUGUUGGAUUUUAUCUUGAUGCAGAAGGGAAUUGUAAGGAUGUGGAUGAAUGUAAAGAAAAGACAAGUGGAUGUGAACAAGGUUGUCUUAACACUAAAGGCAGCUUUCAGUGCUACUGUGGUCUUGGUUACAAGCUUUCUGCAGAUAACAGGACAUGUAUCGAGGACAGAGAGGAUAUUGAGGGAGACAGUGGUGGCCUAGCAACACUUUAGCCACUUGAAUGGUUUUGAAGCAAAAGAAACUGUUUGCCCACCUCUAGAAUCUCCACCUCAUGGAUAUUGGGAAUGUGCCCGUCAUCUUAUCAGAACAAAGAAAUCAAAAUUUCCCUGGAUGAAGCGUACUAGAGUUGUGAAUCAUGCUGGAGCAAUUUGUCAACUCAAGUGCCCCCCGGGGUAUGUGUUGGAGGGGGAAUAUCGUAAAACAUGUGGACAAGAUAGCAAAUGGAAAGGGCCUGACGAUGGCACAUGUGUUCGUAAAUUGGAUUAUAUGUUCAAUGUCAUUCUCAAAGCAUAAUUUUCUUUUGCAAUAAAAUGUAUAACAAGGCAAUAUUGAUCAGUAUUUGUUGUAAAACAGCAUACUGCCCAUGUGUAUCACAGUAAUAAAAUAUUAUUUGUAAGUAAUAUGUGUUAUGUAUCAUAUAUGUUUUAAAUGUUUCUAUCAGUGUCCAUAAUCUUACAGUUUUGUGUAUGUGUAUUGUAUUGUGUUACCCUAUACUGUCAGUAAAUUAUAAAAGUGAAAAUUUUGAAUUUGUGUUAGCAAUUAAGUAUCAAUUGUAAGUUUUCUGUGAAUGUACUUUGUUUGCCAUUUCUCAAUAUAGAGAAACUUGUCAGUUUUGAUCUAAGUAUUUACCAAUACUCGUAAUUUAUUACUGAAUGUGGCAUAUACAAUUUCUUGAAGUAAAUAUCCAGAAAAACUUUUCAAGGAAAAGUUCAAAUUGCCAUUGUUAUCGAAAGUAUGAAUAUUUCUAGUUAAUCAUAUAGAAAAUGAAACAAGAUAGGAAAAUUUGCAAGUUAAUGUGGUUGCACAGUUUGAGUUUGAAUUUUUUCACUGUAUUGACUUCACAAUAUUAUCAGUGAGCAUUUGAUUCUAAUUGAAUUGUGAUCAAUUUUGUCACAUACAAGUGGCAAAUUUUGUAAUUUAUUAAAAAAGAAAAAAAUGGUGUGUUUUGAAUGAUAGUGAAUUUUUAAGUACAAUAAUAUUUAAAAUGAUUGUGUGCUUCCAAUAUUUCUGUUAAUGAUUAUUACAACCACCUUAGUUGGUUUUUGUUGUAUCUGAUUCAUUAAUUUUUAUUUUUUUGCAGAAGUUCUACAUCCUUUUGGUUAAGUUAUAUCCUUGAAUUUUUAAAGUUCUGCUUGUAUUUCACAAAUUGAAAAACUAUUUAAUUUGUGAAAUUUCAAAAAUUUAUGAUUGAAAAUGUAUGGUGGGAGGAAAGAUUACCACAAAUAUAUAAUUUUGUUUUAGUGAAUUAUAUAUUUCACGAGGAAUUUUAAUUUGGACUAUUUAAUGAAAUACUCAGAUUCUGAGGAAUAUUAGUCAAUCCUUUUUGAUUAAUGUAUGAUAUUAUAAAAAAGGUUUGGAGCAAUUAUUAUACAUAUAUUAGAUUUUUAAACUUUUGUAUGUAAUUCCUUUUUUCUUUGGGGAAUUUUGUUUAAUUAUUUGGUAUUAAUAUGCCAAGGUAUUUAUUGUUAUAUUUUGAAUAAAGCUAUGUCUGAAACACAGCAUCUGUGCACUAGCCAUUCCUCUUUAUUGAAUUUAUUUUCAAUGACUUAUACAAAAGUUAUUUAAUUAAUCCUUUUUUGAGAAAUUCAUUUCUUCUUAGGGUAUGAUUUCUUAUUAUCAUUUAUCCAUUAUAUUUUACAUAUAUUAACAUGUCUAUUAAUGAAUAAUUUAGUGUUACCUGAGUACUAAUAUAGGUGAAAAUAAUUCUAAGAAAAUACAUUUUUGUUUCUCGGGAUUUAGAAGAAUAUUGUUGCAAGUCUUUCAUAUGUUGAAUAUGUUUUAAAGUAAAAAUAAAAAAUGAGAUUACUGCUGUACUUAGUGCAUGACAAAAAAAAGGUUUACCUUUCUCUUGUUUUUCUUUGACAAAUUUAUUUAAGUUUGAUUAUACAAAUUAGUUCUUUUUAUUGGUCACAUCCGAUUUUAACGAAAACAAUAUUACCUAUAAACAAUGGCACAACCCGUAUUUCUCCCCGAAAGGUGUGCGUUAGGUGUAGGCUUCAGCUGACUUGAUGUUUUCUAAUAAUGAAUUUUGCAUUUAUACAGAAUUUAAAAGUAAAUUUUAUUUACUACUGUAAUUUAUAGUUCUUUGAAAUAUAUGCAAAUGAGGUACUGAAUUUUAUUUUAUUACUAUGGAAAAUUAGUAUAAAACAUAAUUGACUCUAAUGUUUUAUUAUUUAUUUUUAAUGUUAUGUUUUUGUGGUAGGGAAGUAGAGUAUCCGAGUUCCCUUCGUAAUAUUUUUAAUUGAAGAACACCUGAAAAUGUGGCCACAGAGAGAAGCAUUUUCAUAAACAACCUUCGAAAAAUUAUCUCUUAAAAAUUUUGAAAUAAAAGUACAUUGAAAUGUGUUAAAAUGAAUUUGCUUGUAAUGAGAUAAUCACAUUUCAGAUAUGGACAGGAUUGUUUAUAUAAGAGAAAUGUUGCAAACAAUCACUUCAGUAGUAAAAUCUCUUCUAGGAAACGCUACUUUGAUAAAUAUGCUAAUCUGCAAACAUUAUUUGAGUGUAAUGCUUGUGGUGGGUGUUUUUUUCCAUAUUUUUUUAAAAAAAAUAUGUGGUACUAUGCCUUGCAGGCUGACAAUGAAUAUCCUCAACUAUUCUCUAUGUUACUAUUAAUGUAUGAUCAUAUCAUUCCAGUGAGGAGAAGUGAGCCAGUGAAUAUUCAUUUUGAUAUCUUCAAUAUGUAUUAGGGUAUUAGUCCUUUUCUGCCUCCAGGAAAUUUUGAUGUCACUCUUUGACAUCCUGUAUAUUUUUCUUGUAUGGAAUGGUAGUUAGAAACUCUUACCUUAUAGUAAAUAUAUCCUGAGGGAAAAAAAAUAAUUAUUUAUUCCAUGUGUCUUAAUGGAUAAAUCCGAUUAGAAAAUGUAGAAAAAUUAUGUGCGUAGAAAAUGUUUUAUUUAAUAAUAUACCAAUUAUAAAUAUAAAGAUAUAUAAAAAUACUCUGAAAUGAGUUAUAAGGGUGGAUGUAUGUGUUUGCUUUUGCUAUAAAAAUGAUGAUAAAUACAAUAAGCAAAAAUAAUAAAUUGAACUAUGUUUUAGAAUUGGUUCAUAAAUAUUGUGCAUUAGAUUUUUACCUUAAAUUAUUUUCUACUUAAUUAUGUCAAAAUGUUAUAAUUCUUCUUUUUCCCCUUCUUAAUUGUAGAAGAGGGAUUUUUGAGAACAGAUAGAUAAAAAUUUUACUUCAGUAAUAGUCAAAAGUCAACUGUUUUUAAUGGUACUUUAAUAAUUUAUUUUUAUAAACUUCUAAUCCAUUUUUACCUGGGGAAAAAAUAAACAUGCGUACAAUUAAAUUUGACAAAAUAUAGAAACUAUGACUACGACUUUUGUUGAAUGGUUUUUAUUAAUCUUUUGGUUAUUGUAUUGACAAAGUCUUAAAACUUAAAUAUUUGUUUUCAAGAGUGAAGAUGAUUGCUUACAAAUAUAAUAUGGAAAUUAUACCAAUUUUUUGAGAGAUUAAACCUCCCAGCAGGACAUAUUAUAACUAUUUGAAAUAAUUAAUAAAGUAGUUUUGCAUUACUUUUUACUUUGUUUUUACUCCAGGUUAAAAAAGUUGUAUUUUAAUGGUCACAGUAGUACACAAUUCGAAGCACAGUCGGAUAAAACUUACUGUAAUUUACAUUGAAAAGAAUUGAUUUCUUUUAAAACUUGAUAUUUACAAAGUACAUUUGCUUAUCAUUUCAGAAAUUUACCAAGAGCUUCUUGGAUUAAAGAAAAGGUUUUUCAUAUAUUUUCUUUGUUAAAGUAUGUUUUUCAAUUAAAAAUUCUUUGUUAUCUAUAAUUCUUUGUUGUGAGAAUGAAUACAAUCCUCUUAUAUUAUGUUGCAUUUACUGAGUGAAUCAUUGUAUUGGCUUUAUCAUGCCUUAACAAUGGGUAUGGAAGUAAUGCAUACUUCAAUUGAUGUGCUGUUGUGUAUUGGUGUCUAGUCUAUUUGUGUAUUAAUGUUUACAGACAGCAUUUUACUGGCUCACUUCAUAUGUAGAGAGGUUAUUAAAUGAAUUAAACUUUAAUGAAAACGAUGAUUGCAUUCAACAUUUGUGUAACUGUUGAACCCAGCAUAUCAAAUAUGUGUCAAUAAGUUUCUUCCUUUAUGAUUUAGAUUUGUUAUGGAAACAGCAAUCCAAUCCAAAGUAAGUUUUCUCAAUAUUGCUGCCUUUCAUUGACUGUUUGAUUUUGAAAUAUGGUACACAGCUACUGAAUUUGGCUUGCAUAAGGUUUGUCUACAACUCGGUAUAGGUCUCGAGUAUAUUAUGAUAACUGUAUUACAAUUAAGUGUCAAGUUAUAUUUACUUGAUAUAUGAAUUAUUGUGUAUUUUGACUUUACAAUUUAUUAUGUUCAUAAGUACAAUAAUAUUAUAAUGGUGAAUAAAUAGUUAUAUAUUUUAGGUACCCAAAUUUUACAUAAAACAUUGCUGCAGUUUUAACGUAAAAGAGAGAGACUUAGUUCAGAGAAAAACUAAAAAUAUUUGGUACACAAGACUGUUGUAAUUGUUAAAGGUGCAGAGAAUAUUAAUAAUAUGACCUUUUCUAGUAGAAGAAUUAAAAGUAUAGGUACUUUAUAAAAGGUAGUGAAACCUAUUUACUAGUUCUUAAAGAAUUGGAAGCCCUUCACUUGGUAUAUUCUCUGACAUUUAUUGAAACAAAAUGAUUUUUGAUUGAAGAAUGUUGCAUGUUGUAUUGCAAACAUUAUUGACGGAAAAUAUUCUAUUUUCUAGACAUUCAUGAACGUGUAGUUUUUUCAGUGGUACUACAGAAAGUUAUGAUUUUUACCCUAAUGCUUACUGACAAUCUUCCAGAUGUUUGAUAAUAUUGAGCUGAGCAUUAUGGAUGCAGAAUAUUUCUAGUGCUUAUUAAGAUGUGAUUUGUCAUAUCAUAUUCUACCAAUCACUUCACUUUUGUUUGCUAUAACUUUUUUUAAGAAGGUUAUUUAAAAAUGUAAUAUUUAUUAUUCUUUUAGUUUUUAAGUAGGGACUGUAGAUUUGUUGGGCAUAAUUUUGUUGGAAAGAAUAUAAUGAUAUUGGAUAAGAAUUGUUGUAUGUAAAUGUGCCAACUUUGAUAGAUUUUUAAGAUUAUAUAUGCUUGCUUGAACUGAUCAAUGCAGGUGGAAAGACCUCUAAUAAUUUAUGAUUAACAUGAGUAUAGCAGAACUCUGAGUUUAUAUUUUAUUUCAUUUAAAUGUUUGCUCUAUUGUUCAUCUAAGUUCAUCUUUAAGGUUAACUAAUGUAGUACAUUUAUUCUCUGUAAAUGAGAUUAAUUUUAACAUUGAUUCUUUUUUAAGAAAACACUUGUUUGCCCACAAUAAAUCUGAAAUUGAGCAGCAGUAAUAGCUUUCAAUGUGAAAUCUUCUAAAACUUUUAAUUUUUUUAUCAUGUGUAAACCAGUUGCUAAUGUACAGGAACUUACCUAUUUUUCAUAGUUAAACAUAUUAUCCUUAUAUGUCUUAAGAGUCAAUUCAGAAAACAGCACAGUUAUAUUGAGAAUUAUGUAAUUGCUUUUCUGUAUAGUAUAUUCCACUAUUUUAUUGGUUUGGAAAACACUACUUGGAAGUUUAUUGGUUCACCUUGUACGAGUUCAAGUGUUCUCUUUAUUUUUAUUUUCGUGGCAGCAAAUUGCUCAUAGUCUUACUUAUGAAUUCCUUGGAUUUAAGAUAUGUUUUGUUUAAAUUAGUGUUGUUUUAACUAUGUUCGUUGCUGGACAGAUAAGGUUUCCUGCAGACCAGAACAGGAAUAGAAUGCUUCAGUAUUGCAUAAGAAAUUAAUCAGUCUAAUAAAAAAGUAUUUCUUACAUUUUUAAGGCUUUAUAUGGAAAAUAUAUUGUUUGUUUAAAGUCGGCCAGGUGACCUACAUACAAAAAUCAUUUUUUCUAACUUUAUAAAGAUCAGGUUGUCAAGUGCCAUUAAAGUUAAAAGUUAAAAAUAUUCAAAAAUAUUGUGUAUGAAAAAUAACUGCAGUGAAACUAUAUCACACAAGCUUUAUUUAAUCCAACAAAUUGAUUUUUUAACAUCCUAUGUGUUUUUUAGUUUAUUUCUGUCAUUAUUCAAAUAAUAAAAUUAAAAAUUCACAACUAUUGGAUUAUGUUUAUGCCCAUUGGUGUCUGUGAAAUGUUUGAAAUACAAGAAAAAUAUUUGUUAUUGUGAACUUGGUAUUUCAAUUUUUCUUAUAAGUAAUUUUACUGAGAAUGCUGAUUUUUUAAAAAUCUGUAUUGUUUAUGACACUGCAUUAUUAAAUGUUACCACUAUUGUUUUUAGUCAUAUUAACUCACUAUUAUAAAUCAGGUACAAUUUUUAAUUUCAGAACAUUUCUACUUUUUGUGUAAUAAACACAAGAUCAUGUUCCACAUCUAGAAGUAUAUAGAAUACUUAGUAUUCCCCAUGUGAAAAUAACUCUGUAAUUCCAUGGUUUAUUACAAACUUUUCACCCUUCCUAACAAAAUACCACUUGCAAAUUUUUGUGACACUUUCAAAAUUAAUUAAUUAUUUAAAAUUUAUGGUUUUCCUCAAAAUGUGUUUCUUUCACCAGUCACAUAUCACAUGGUAGAAUUUUAAUUAGUAGUUGCCAGGUGCUACACUAACAACAUUUUCAAGCUUCUUAUAGACCCUUCUUGUAGAUUUACUCUGCUCUAAGAGACACCCAGAGAUUUGAAUCAUUCCUUUGUCUAAAGAUACUGCACUAGAAUGAAAAUGGAGAAAGGAAAAUUUGUUGGGUCACAAGAAAUGUCUAAAAAAUAAAAAUAAAAAAUAAAAAAGACAGUAAACUACUUAACAUUAAUUA